AGAUCAUUCAGCAAGUCGUUAGUCAAGUGAAGUUUUAAUUUAUCAACCAUGUGCCUCAGUCAUCAAUGGAAAUAUAUCAAGAAAUAUUACGGGAAAAAUCACAGUCUCAGUCUGAUAUUGAUCAAUGUGAAGCAUAUUAUGAAGCUGCUGGGGGAACAAGGAAGAGAAGAAUAUAUGGUCUUGGAUCUCAAGCACAAAGUUACUAUGGGCCGAAUCUUUGCUUCAAUUUUGGCUUUAAUGCUUCAGCAUCAGCAGCACCUUCAACUUCUCAAUCAGCACCUACAGAAAAUAUAAAGGAGUUAGUGAUGCGAUUGAUUCCUACACUGACUGAUCGCUUGCUUCCUUUAUUUAUUGAGAAGGCACGCGGAGUGAUUUCUUCACCAUCAGAUCAUCCAAAUACUCCUAUCGACAAACCAUCAGUUGUGACACCCAUAGUGCCUCCUCCUACUACUGCUAACAUUGACGAUGUUGAUCCUUUAGUUUCUGAUGAUGAUCGUAGUCCUUCACCCAUGCAUUAG